AGGCUCAUCAUACUGGCUUCAUAUCUGGACACUCGGACCACCAGCAGCCCCUCAAUGAGCUGCACAACUCUGCUGCCUGUCUGCUUUACAGAUGAGGAGGAUGAAGGCCUCACCUCUCCUCCAUGGUGUGUUGACUCCUGGGAGCUGUGUAAGCAUCAUGAAGUCAGCCUGUCCCUGUUCUGUUUGGAUGACCUGGAGCCUCUGUGUAAACAGUGUGCAGCUGAGAGCCACGCAGGACACAGAGCCUACCCCCUGAAUGAGGCGGCAACUGACUGUAAGGAGGAGCUGAAAACAUCAUUAAAUGGACUGAAGAACAGGAUGGUUAAUUUUGAGAAAGCCACACAAACAUGGGAACAAGCUUCCAGGUAUAACAAGGCAGAAGCUAAACUCACAGAGGAGCAGAUGAAAAAAGACUUUGAGAGCCUACACCAGUUUUUAAGAGAGGAGGAAGCAGCCAGGUUACUCUCCCUCCGAGAGAAUGAAGAGGAGAAGGAGAGAGAGGCUCAUGAACAGAAAGACAGAAUAAAUCAGAUGAUAAAAUCUCUGGAGGAGAAGAUCCAUCUGGUCGAGGAAGUUCUCAAUGCAGAUGGAGAUGGAGCUGAAUUUUUAGAGGGCUAUGAAGACACGAUGAAUAGUGCUUCUACAGGUAGCAGAGAGACGCUGCAGGUUAGCACAACUUUAAUAGAUGUGUCCAAACACCUGGGAAACCUCCAGUACUCUGUGUGGGAGAAAAUGAAAGACAUCGCCCCUUACACUCCAGUGAUUUUUGACUCCAGAACAGCUGGCCAGUCUUUGAGGGUGUCUCCGGGGUUAAACAGUGUUCAUAUCACUCCUGGACCUCCACAGGGACUGCAACAGACUGUGGGUGUUUCUGUCCCUGAGACAGCUGAAUGUUUCCACCCAUAUCACUGCAUCCUGGCAAGAGAGGGCUUCGACUCAGGAGUGCACUGCUGGGGCAUCAAGAUAGGUGACUCCAGUAACUGGAUUGUGGGAGUGGCUGCUCAGUCAGUGUCCAGGAGGACAGAGUUUGAGGCCUGUCCAGAGGCAGGACUCUGGUGUAUCAGCCUGCAAGACGGAAAGUACCGAGCCCUGACCUCCCCCCCACAAGACCUGGAUGUUGAUGAAUCACUCCACCUGAGUAAUAUCAGUGUCAGACUAGACUGGGAUGAAGGAACACUUGAAUUCACAAAUGAGGAUAACAACACUCAUCUUUUCACAUUUAGACACUGCUUUAAAGAGAAGGUUUACCCUUACUUUGAGUGUGUAUCAGAGUUUGGAGGCUUUACCGUGUUGGCACAGAGAGUAAACGUCAGUGUGGGGUCAGAUUAUGUCCCUGUGGAGGACACUGAGGAGGACUGUGUGGUAAAAAGUGAGUCUUUCCCUGAAGAAAGAAAUAACAAUGUAUCAUCAACAUGCAGUGACAGUAUAAUGUCUGAGUGCAGGCAACAGAACGAAGACAAAACCACAGUUAUUUGUUCUGCCCAAGAGGGGAAGAAAGCUAAACUCCAGAGACAAGGCACGAAGGGCAAACAGGUGAAAGCAAAAUGUAGUGAAAGGGAAAAGACAAAAAACAACAAACCAGAUGUGAAUAAACAGAGCAGUAAGCUUAGGUUCAGUGUGAAGUACCAUGUCUCACUGAACAGGGCCCUGGAAAUCAUCAACAGGGAGUGUGGUAAUACCAGACAAAUCCUGAUGAGUCAAGAUAAUCCUAUAUAGAUAUCUGUAUUUUGAGUAAACUUGAGCUUAGAAACUCACCAGGAGGCCGCCAUGUUUUGGUCCGUGCUGGUAGUGUGACGUCAGAGUUCCGCAGCGCUCCCUAUGAGCGCUCCUUGGCAUUGCUAUGCAGUAACCAUUUUUCAGACGGUUUUGCUGCUUGCAGCUGUUGCUGCCAUAACAGCUUUCAUACCAGAGACGAGUUUGCGCGGUGUUGGCUUUGUCCCCCUGCUGUCAAAGCUCUGUCAUUCUUCUACGUUUUUACCUCAAUAAAACUCCCUACAAGUGACUGGAUUCAGUGUAAAGUGGAAGCAUGCAGGGAGCUUUUCAAAAUAAAAGCAUACAUAUGAAGGGAAUUUCUCUAAACAAAUGCUAAAGUGGACUUUUAUUUUGAAAAGCACAAACCGGAAGUGCUUUAGAACUGUGUUAACCUUUACCUGAACUGUGUGGAAACAGAAAGCUUCAUAAAGAGCAGACGUUUCGUGAACAACUAUAUUAUUCAGAUGCAUCUUAGCUUGUGGCCUUCGUCUGAUUCAUCAAGAAUAGAUUUCAAACAUAUUCUACCUAUGUGGACAAAAAUAUUUGCUACAAGAAAGUAAAUAUGGCUCUGUAUUUACCAUUUGCCUGUCUAGAUGGACAGAUUACUGCUCACGGUGCAAAUAAAAAUAGAGGAGACCUCAAAUUUUAAAAUUCUCAGUGCGUGAGAUGUACAGAGUCUCUGAGAUGCAGCCCUAACACUGGCUACCAAUCUGAAACAGCGGUUACUGUAAAGAAACAGUGAGGAGCGCUGGGGAACUGGGAUGUCACAGCGCCAGUGUGGACCAAAACGCACUGCCGCUGGUGAGUUUAUAAACUUUAAUUACUCAAAAUGCAGAUAUCUAGUGAGUUUUUUAGAUCAAUAUACAUAUGAGAGAUACAAAUGUCUAUCCAACCAGAUGAACUUGUCUAAUCAUGCAGGGUUCCUUUUUUCUUUUUUUUUCUUAAGAUUUGUUUUUGGGCCUUUUUGUGCCUUUAUCAGAUAGAGGAGGACAGUGGAUAGACUCGGAAACAGAGACGAGAGUCGGGGAGAGACAUGCGGCAAAGGGCCUCAGGCCAGAUUCGAACCCGGGCUAAACUAAACCCUGCUGUUAGUGUCAAGUCAAAGAAUCAAAGCUUUUAAAUGCAAGUGUUAUUAAAUCAUUCUAUCCCCAGCUCUCAGUCAGUCUUAGCCUGACAAAAAAACCCAACAUCUAUUAGACAGAAUUGUUUUGAUCUUUAUACAGACAUUAAAGGUUUGCAUGUUGUCACAUGACUUUUCAUGUGAACAUUUGUGGGUUUAAAUAGAUUUUAAAACUCCUAAAUCAGUGAAUGGAUGGCAAUGACAUUUGAAAAAGAUUUUAAUAUCUGUUUCAGACUAGAUUGUAAUCAGUUUUCUUAUUCUUUGACAUUUACUAGUCUCACAGAGUCAAAAUGAGACUUAUCCAAUGUUUUGGUUGAUGUGAAAGUAAAGGGGAAAGCCUUCACUACACCACAAUUAUUGUUUACAUUUAUAAUUUAUCUACAGAUUUUAUUACUUGUUUUUAAAGCCUUUUAUGGCCAGAUACCAUCAUAUGCUUUUGAUCUUUUUAUACAUUUGAUGGCCGUUUAAGAUCCUCUGGCACUUUCCACCAUUCCUGAAUCUCUAAAUCUGAAGCGUGUGUAAAAUAAACAUUACAAUUGCUGUGUAUUAAUCAGUGCUAAUUUAUUCUCUGAAUCUGCGCUAUAUCCACAUUGCAGUGGUGUGA